AUGCCUGAGGUGCUACUAACUUGUCCUAUACCUAAUACAACUUAUACGCAAGCCAGGGUAGGGCACAGAACUGAAAUACCUCGUACCGAGCAAAGCAUAGCUGAACACAGGGCAGGGCACUGAAAAUCGUCAAUGCCCUACCCAGUGUCUUAGCCUGUAGACCUUCCUCUUCCUACAUUCCUUUUCCCUUUCUCUCUAUUCUAAUCACUCUUUCAUUUCCUCCUCUCUCCUCUCGGCCUGUCUCCCACUUCUCUCCACUCUCUCGCCCUUCAGCCCUCUUUCUACGCAAAGAUUUUCAGGCGGACCUACAGAGCACGCGCACAGCACGUCCUGGAAAAGCGGACCGUCGGCUUCAUUCGAAGAAACGGCCCAACUCAACGUGCCGUCCCCCCCCAACCCUCAGAAUGGCACGUCACGGGUCGAUGUUGUCGUUGUUGCUGUUGAGUUUGGUCGCGCAAUGUCACGGUGAAUUGUUUUAUGGACAGGAGGCGGAGGAGUACCCUGGGUACGGGUUUCAGAAUGAGGAAGUGAUGCAGGAAGUGCCCGAGGAGGUGCAACAGAAUAUGGUUGAGGUAAGGUUUUCGUGGUGGGACAGUUUUUUGUGCUUUGUAAAGAAAGUUCUUGCAUAUUUUUAAAAAAUUUGGGGUUUGUAAAGAAAGUUUUUGUCAUUUGUUGUUUUGUAAAGAAAGUUUUUGCCAUUUCUAUUUUACAGCAUGUUUAAAGUGUGGGCGCGACCUGCGGGUCUUGAAAAUCAAAAAGAGUCGUUUGGAAAGAAAGUUUUUGCAAUUUUUUGUCUUGUAAAGAAAGUUCUUGCCAUUUUUUUGUAAAGAAAGUUCCUGCCAUUUUUAGUCCUGUAAAGAAAGUUCUUGCCAUUUUAUAGUUUGUAAAGAAAGUUCUUGCGUUUUAAUGUUUUGUAAAGAAAGUUUUUGCCAUUUCUUAUUAUGUAAAGAAAGUUCUUGCCAUUUUUUGCGUUAUGAAGAAAAAAUUUUGAAUGAGUUAAGGUUUUCGUGGUGGGACACUUUUUAGUUUCGUUUUUAAAAAUUUUAACUUUGUAAAGAAAGUUCUUGCCAUUUUUCAUUGUAUAUUCCAAAAAAAAUUUAAAUUUUAGUUUUUAAUUGAAUUUGCAUGAACAUUGACUGAUAGGAUUGUACUUUCCAAAAAACAAGGAUCCGAGGCCAAGCCAGACUGUAAACAAAAUUAUAAACAGUACGUGUGUGUUAUUAACCGGAAAACAGAAUUUAAUUACAUCCUUGUUAUUAUAGCCACAAUUCUGCUGCCCUAAGGCUCAAAGUUGUUUUUGUCGCUAAUUGGCAUUUUUGUAAUGAUAGAAGUGGCAGUACUUCAACAAAAUGAUAAAAUGGCAAGAACUUUCUUUACAAAACAUCAAAAUGCAAGAACUUUCUUUACAAAACAAAAAAUGGCAAGAACUUUCUUUACAUUUUGUAACACAGCGGCCAAAGCCCAAAAAUUUUAUUUUUGGUUUCAGGAAGCCCCUGAGGACUUUGUACACGAAAAGUUUGGCCAAGUUAAUGGAAUCGGCUUGAACAGUCAAAAUCAAAUGGUCGUUUUCCACCGUGGUGACCGAGAAUGGAAUCAAUAGUAAGUAACCCUAGCCCAGAGAUUUAGCUCAGAGCCCUAGCCCAGAGCCCUAGCUGAGAGCCCUACCCGAGAGCCCUAGCCCAAAGCCCUAACCCAGAGCCCUAGCCCAGAGCCCUAGCCCUAGCCCUAGCCCUAGCCCUAGCCCUAGCCCUAGCCCUAGCCCUAGCCCUAGCCCUAGCCCUAGCCCUAGCCCUAGCCCUAGCCCUAGCCCUAGCCCAAAGCCCUAACCCAGAGCCCUAGCCCACAGCCCUAGCCCAGAGCUCAAAGCCCGAGCUCAAAGCCCGAGCUCAGAUCCGUAGCUCAGAGCCCUAGCCCUAGCAUUAACUCUAACUUUAACAUUUAGCUUUGGACCUGCUCCUGGCCUUAGUCUUAGUUGAAGCUUUAGCUUGCCUUUGCCGUUGGUGUUACCUAAUGUUAUUGUAUAUUAUCAUAGCCUUAGAGAAAUUGCAAGAAAUCGUAUUGCGCAACAUUUUUUUAUGUAAUUUUACAAUUAUAUAUAAUACUUGCCUCGAUGUAAAACGACCCAACAAAUGACUGCGAGUGCUGGGAUUUGUCUCUGAAUUACUGCGAGGGGUCGUAAAUAGAAAUGGCAGCAAAGGUGUUUUGGCUUGUUUGUCAUAUUCAAGUCGACUAGGCUUACUAAGCCUAAGCCUACUAGGCUUAAGCCUGCUAAGCCUACGCCUAAGCCUAAGCGUAGGUCUAAACCUAAUUCAAGAAUAAGCCUAAGCCUAAUCCUAAGCCUAAGUCUAAGUCUAAACCUAAGUCUAAGGCUAAACCUAAGCCUACUAAGCUUGAGUUUACUACACCUAAGCCUACUAAGCCUAAGUUUACUAAGCCUAAGCCUACUAAGCCUAAGCCUAGUGAGCCUAAGCUUACUAAGUCUAAGCUGGCUAAACCUAGAUUUUCGUUUAACUCUGUGAAUCAGCUUAACUUUAAGUAUAACCCCUAACCCUAGUCUUACCCUCAGCAGUAGUUCUCAACUUAGUUCUAGCCUUAGCUGAAGCUUAAGUCUAGACCCUAGCCCUUUUUAUAGCCGUAGCCUUAACCCGCGCCUUAGCCCUAGAACCCUAGCCUUGGUCCUAUCUUUGGCUUUACCCUCAGCCUUUCAAAGCUAUUAGAAGCUUAAUCUAAACCCACUUUUAGUUCCUUCUCUAACAAAAACGUGUUCAACACCUCGUUAUCACCAAUCAAGAACAACACUAUUACCGUAGUCGACCCAUCAACCGGUAAUGUUGUAGCCGAGCACAAUGCCGACCUCUUCUACAUGCCUCACGGUCUCACGGUCGAUCAUGACGAUAAUGUUUGGGUAACGGACGUCGGGAGUCAUCAAGUGUUCAAGCUGAACAAGGACUUUAAGCCUAUCUUAACAUUGGGUGAGAAGCUGGUGCCGGGUGACGAUAACACCCACUUCUGUAAGCCAACUGACGUCGCCGUAGCCAAGUCCGGCGAGUUCUUUGUCGCCGAUGGUUACUGUAACUCGAGGGUCAUGAAGUUCGAUAAGGAUGGCAAGUUCAUUGGCAGUUUUGGUCAUGCCAAUACUGGCAUCUCCCCUAAGGCUGGCGAGUUCUUCGUACCCCACUCGUUGGUACUCAUUGAGGACAUGAACAUGAUUUGUGUAGCCGAUCGUGAGAACCGACGAAUCCAAUGCUUCACCGCCGGUUUGGUACCAAAGGGAGCUCAUCAACGUGCUGUUAUACCAACUGGUACCUUUGUUACCAAGGCAGAGAAUGUUGGUCGUAUCAUGGCUUUGAGAGAGAAAAGUAGGUUUUUGAAAUUUGAAACAUUGUAAAGAAUGUUCUUGCCAUUAUUUUUUGGAAAGAAAGUUCUUGCCAUUUUUCGUUUGUAAAGAAAGUUCUUGCUAUUUUUUGUUCUGUAAAGAAAAUUCUUGCCAUUAUUUUUUGUAAACAAAGUUUUUGCCAUUUUUUGUUUUGUAAAGAAAGUUCUUGCCAUUUUUGUUUUGUAAAGAAAGUUCUUGCCAUUUUUUGCUUUGGAAAGAAAGUUCUUGCCAUUUUUUUUCUGUAAAGAAAGUUCUUGCCAUUUUUUUCUGUAAAGAAAGUUCUUGCCAUUUUUGUUUUGUAAAGAAAGUUUUUGCAGAUUUUUAAAGGGCUGUCCUUUUCACUACUCUAACUUACCUUAUCCUACCUAACAGUGCUCUACCCCACUCUAAACUACCCUUCUUUGCCCAGUCCUGCCCUGCCACCCUCCCCCUCUAGUUUAUCCUACCUUACCCUACCAUAUUCUACCCUACCAUACUGUAUAAUUUUCAAAAUCUAAUAUUUCCAUUUCCAGACCACUACCUCGUCGGAGUCACCAACACCGAGCCCGAACUCAGCAACGACCACGACCUGUUCAUCAUGGACAUCAACAGCGGCAAGGCCAACACCAUUGCCUCGGGUAUUGAGGACGCGCACGCUUUGGCCGUGAGCGACGCUGGUCAAAUCUUUGUGGGCCAGCUGGGACCACGUGAAGUGUCCGAGUUCGAACUCCCAACCGAACCCAGCUUCGAACAGUGA